AACUGCAAACCAAAGUUAUAAAAUAUGAAUUAACAGACUAAAUCUAGUAUAGACAUGAGUGAACUAGCUUGCCAUACAGAUACCAUGCAUGUUCUUGAUCUGACUAUAUUGAGGAAAGUCUUUAUUAAUGGUCUGUCUGUUAUGAAAAAGGUUUUAGCCUUUUACACAUGUGACAUGCCACAUUUCUGUGAGUUAAGGUAUGUACAGAGGCAAGAAACACAAUUUAUAUGUGCUGAAAGGCAGCUAUUUCCCAGCUACUCAGCCAUCCUGUGUCUUCACCAAGAUCAACUUCAGUCACUAAAAACAAGCUUGCAUCUAUGGUAUGUAGAUAUACAGUGUAUAUAAUAUAUUUUCACAUAGAUUACCACAUCAAUCAAAGCAUAACACAGCAAUGGUGUAGCGACAGAGAACGAAAUAAUCUUUGUCGUUUGAAACUUUGAAAGUGCAAACGUUGCACAGCAAGUGUGCAAAUUGAUCUGGUUUCUUCAUCUCCUGAAUCCCCAGAUAUGCAUUAAUAUUGCAGUGCAGUUCCACUUCAAUUUCAAGCCUUUUAUUUGAGCUUGGGAGCAGAUCCAUCACACAAUUGCUGCAUUUGAUUGUGUGGCUCUGCUCGACUCUCUCUCCCAUCAGUCCAGUGUUGGGGGGAUGCUGCUUAGCAGGAAAAGUCAAGUGGUUCAUGCACUUCACAGAUCUCUAUGGUGUCGAAUGUCAGAAACCUUUUGUUAAAGCCACAUGAGAUUAAAUGUAAUAUUUUUGUUUUCCCAACCUAGUGCGCAUUACCAGGUUCUCAUUUGUAUGGAGGGGCCACUGCCAUAGCUACACGUGUGAGAGGAAUAUUCCCAUUCCCAUUCGCAUUGAGCCAUUUCACCUGUGAUCUAUACAAGAAAAACAGGUGCACACAAUUAAAAUAUGUAAUAUAAAAUUUUCAGAACUAGAAGGAGUGAAGCAGUUGUAGUCAGACCAUUAUAAUUCUUAUCAGUUGUGAUGCAAAAGACUGGUUUGAGAACUAUAGACAGGUUAUGGUGUCUUGAAAGUCCAGGUGUCAUCUCUUCUCUCAGUGUCAUGGUGCCAUUCUUGACCCUUUUCAGAGAGUCAAUGAAUGUCUAUCCCUCAGUCAUUAGUUAUCCUUUCCCCAAGGGUUUUACCUGUUUAAUAUGCACCAAUUGGCUAUCACAGAUACAGUUAAGCUAUGAACUACUGGUCAGUUAUAAUAAUUGGGUUAUUAUAAUUUUCAAUUUGACAGCAUACCAUAGUUUGUGACUAUAAGUCAACUGACAACCAAUGGGAAAUUAAUUAUUCAAGAGACAUGUUCCUCUAAAUCUAUGGAGACACGUUCAACAGGACAGCCUAGAUUAUUGCGAAAUAUUUCCUGUUUUUCAGAGGAUAUACGACAGAUUUAGGGAAAGGGAUAGGCCACUUCUCUCUAUUCCAGCGAUAAGAUUAUAGUGCAGGGUGUGCAUGUGAAUGUAAACAGAACAUCCUCCUAAAUCCCCACGUGAUGCAAUUUGAAACCAAACGUAGGCACUCACUUUGCAGCAAACGGAGCACAUACAGCUGCACGCAGGAGACAGCAUGAAGAUGUUUUUGAUCCAGUCACCUUUUCUUGCAGUCAUCCCAUUCCUAGGCCUUGUCUUAACAGUAUGCCAUGGUGGGAAUGUACUGGUUUAUCCCAUCGAAGGAAGCCACUGGAUCAACAUGAACAUUCUCGUAGAGGCUUUGCAUGCCCGGGGGCACAAUGUCACAAUUAUGCGUACAGACAAAAGCUGGUACAUCAAGGAGAAAUCUCCACAUUAUAGAUCGAUCACUGUCUCUGUUGAAGAGGCCCCGGAUGAGCAAUUUAUUAAUGGAAUGAUCAGGAAAGUCAUUGAUAUACAAAGAGGAAAGAGCUCUGUGGUGAAUUUUGUCAAUUUUCAGUUUGGAAUGAUUGGCCAGAUGACAAGAUUUCACAGAAUACUGUGUAAAAUUGUGGUGACGAUUUUUGAAGAUUCAAAAUUAGUACAAAGCCUUCUGGAAAGCCAGUAUGAUUUAGUUCUUACUGACCCCUGCUGGGGUGUUGGGACAUUCUUGGCACACUACCUUCACCUACCCUUGGUUUACAAUGUAAGGUGGCUUCUAAUUGGAGAGGGACACUUUGCCAUUGCUCCAUCACCAUUAUCUUACAUUCCACUGACUGGAUCUGGCUUUUCAGACAAGAUGACCUUUACUGAGCGGUUCAGAAAUGUGCUUAUCUUUGGUCUUGGGCUCUUUUAUGAGAAGUUUCUGGUCAUGCCAUUUUACCAAGAUGUUGCCAAUCAGUACUUUGGUCAAGAUGUGGACUUCUACAUGUUAAUGCAAGCAGCUGAUAUAUGGCUCAUGAGAACUGAUUUUGUGUUUGACUUUCCACGGCCCACCAUGCCCAAUGUGGUUUAUAUGGGGGGAUUCCAGUGCAAGCCUUCCAAGCCCCUUCCCCAAGACCUGGAGGACUUUGUUCAGAGCUCUGGAGAACAUGGUGUCAUUAUCAUGUCUUUGGGUGCUUUUGUUGGUGAACUUCCCCGUGAUUUAACAGAGGAAGUAGCAGCUGCGUUUUCCCAACUUCCUCAGAAAAUAAUCUGGAGGUACACAGGGGAAAGACCAGCAACUCUGGGCAACAACACCUUACUGGUCGACUGGAUGCCACAGAAUGACCUCCUUGGACAUCCUAAGACCAGGGCUUUUGUAGCACAUGGAGGAACCAAUGGAGUCCAAGAGGCUAUUUACCAUGGUAUGCCAGUGUUGGGAAUUCCAUUGUUCUUUGACCAAUAUGAUAACCUCCGGCGGCUGAAGGAAAAAGGAGGAGCAAAGAUCCUGGAUCUAGGAACUUUUGACAGGAGCGUCUUCCUCCAGGCCAUACAGGAAGUGCUUCAUGACCCGUCCUACAGGAUGAACAUGCAGAUGCUGUCCAGGCUGCACCAGGACCAGCCAAUGAAACCACUGGACCGUGCAAUCUUCUGGGUCGAGUAUGUCAUGAGACACAAGGGUGCUGCUCACCUGCGCACUGAGUCCUACAAGAUGCCCUGGUACUCCUAUCACUCUGUGGAUGUGAUAGCAGUGUUGUUAGCUGCUGUGUUGCUCAUAUUGUUCAUCACUGUUGCUGGUAUUAAAUUUCUGUGCUUCCGAGUUUGUUUUAAACAAAAAUUGAAACAUGAUUAACCACUGUACUAGCAUUUUAUUGGCCGCAUUGUUGUAGAAGAAAAGGUUAAAAAUGAACCGAUACAAUGUAUUAGUUUGUAAUACAUUAAUAGUAUUAGCUUUCUGUGCAGCAAGAAGUGCUAUAAAAUAAAACUGAAAUAUGAUUAAACUUCUCACCACAUCACUACAUAUGCUAAGAAACUGUCCAGACUUGCUCCAUUAAGCCGUUUGUUAUGAAUAUUCAUGACCUCAGGACAUAGCUGACAUUUUGGAGACAAAAUCAUGCUGGUUUGACUAAUGCUCACUGAUGUAAAUAUUGUGAUUAUAUAUAACCUUUAUCAUUAGAUGCUUAGACCUUACAUGCUGGUAACCAUUAUCAUUUAGCCUUUCCAUUUUCUAAACAUACAGCUCUUGCCACUCUUUGUCUCAGAAGCAUUUGCGAGCUGUUGCAUUUUUACAGACAUUAGACUGAAUACCUUAAUUGUAUCUAAACAGUCUACAUAUGAUGUGAUAUUGGCAAAGACAGAUACAUUUCCUUUAGGUUUUUUGAACAUUAUAUGUAUUGGUGGUCCUGUCUGAUGUAUGUGCCUGUGUCUCAUGCUGUUAACUGUUUGAUGGGGAAAAGCAGGCUAUAUAUUUAAUCUAUUCUAAGGUCACUUCUUUCUGCAAAUAUUAUAUAAGGUAUUUAAACAGCUACUGUCACUCAUAAUUAUUGUCUGCCAAUGUCAGCAUCAUUUAUCAAGUGAGAAUAAUUGUAAUGGAGAAUUUCUUUGAAAUUGCCUUAAUCAGAUGUCUGUGCUGAAGGGGUUCUUUUUU